AUGCCCAAUUGGAGAGCAUGGAUGAUGGAGACUGUGUACCGAAGUAGAAAACGAAGUCGUUUAGGAGAUUGCCCAGAUUCAGUUUAUGGAGUUGCUAGUCUUCAGAUUGAGGUGAGCCAUAAGUUAACAUGCACGUGUUUUCAUUGUCUGCAGGUGCAGAAGAGAAGGGACUUAUUGGCAACAGAACUAAAUGGGAAAUUGCUCCAGAGAGCAAAUUUGAUUCCAACAAAAGUUGUGGACUGUGUGAUGGAAAGAAUCCAAGAUAUCAUGUCAAAAGGGAGUUUAGACUGUAAAAUGGUUUCUCAACAUUUAGCUUGUACUGUCUUGGGAGCUACACUAUUUGGGGAUGCAUUUUUGGGUUGGUCUGAGGCAACUAUUUAUGAAGAGCUUCUCAUGAUGAUUGCUAAAGAUGCUUGCUUUUGGGCCUCAUAUAGUGUUACUCCUAUCUGGAAACAGGGAUUUUGGAGGUACCAAUAUUUAUGUACGAAGUUGAAAUCAUUGACUCAGGACAUAAUCCAACAGUGCAGACAAAAUUACAAGCUAUUUUGCCAAAUGGAUCAAAACCCUCAUCAUGAAACAAGAAAUACAGUUGGUGGAGCUGCAUCUGCUGCAUCACAUUCUGCUAAUGUUGUGACGCCAGAUAACAUAUUCUUACAGGAGUUUGAUGAUCAUGUUAAUGCAAGAGAACCAUGUGGAAAUAUUAUGAGUGUGAUGUUUCAUGGUUAUCUAACUACCGCAGGUCUGAUUGGUAACGUCUUAGCAAGGCUUGCAACAAACCCAGAAAUACAAGAUAAGGUAGCUGUCCUUUCUUUACCUAGUUCUUUAACAUUUUGAAAGUUUUAAAAUUAUGUUAUUUUGCAUGAUGUUUACAUUUGUGAU